GUAUUUGCUUCCAACAGGAGAAAAGCGUUGCGGGCGACUCUCUGCAAAAGUUUGGUGUAUCGUGAAAAAGUAAUAUUUUUUGCGUGAAUUGUUUUAUAAAAAUGUGUGCCAUCGAUAGCUAAGUGAAGUUACACAACUCUGAACUUAAUUUUAAUUGGUAUUUCAGAACACUUUUGCGGAAAAGUGUAAUUUUCAAAAGGCAUAUUUUGUCGGCAGAUAAAAAACAAAUAUGGCGCCUUUGCCGGAGGACGAAAUUACAUUGCACCUCGAGUACUGGGCCGACGAGUUGAGUCCCGCUCAGAAAGCAGCGUACGAAAAAGCGGAAAAAGAGCACAAUGAUAUUCGCAACAAGUUGAAAGACAUUGUGAAGGAUGCUGGCGGGAAGAAUAUUUUCUCCGGAGAAGUGUUCACCGCAUACCAAGUGUUGGGCCCAGUUCCCGGCUUGGAACAAAUAUCGAAACCAAUCACUUCUCUGCCGAAGAAGAAACCACCUCCGUCGCCAGGCUCGUCCCUACCUGCAACACCAUCAUUAUCCAUGAAGCGGGUUGCAUCACCCACAGGACUAGAUAGUGGCAAAAGGAAGAGCCGCAGGUCGGAGUAUAAGCCUGAAGAGGAAGCUGGUCCUUCGGCAGAUUUCGUUGCGGACGACGAUGAUGAAGAAUACAUUCCACUGUCUAAGCGACUAGAAAUGAAGAAGAAAGAAAAAGCGGCGCGAGAAGCGGCCGCUAAGGAGACCAAAAAGCGAGAAGAGAAAAAAAUGCUCGAGAAAAAGGUGGAAACGAAGCCUCUCAAGAAGCAGGACAAACCUCAGAGCAUUACAGCCAGCAAUGUACGACCAACGGAGGCUACUUCCAUUGGGGGUUUGUUGGUCGGUGGAGAUAAGGAGAAGAAAAAGAUUACAGCAGAACCGACGGCUAUUGUCGAUCUUACGAAGGAUGAUUCGGGCAAGCCGGCUGCUGAUUCCCGAGAAAUAUCUUUCAGUAAAAUUCAAGGCAAGACUUUCCCGUCACUGGUGGUUAUUGCGAGGCCUUCACUGCGUUCAUCCGAGAAGGCCCCUGCCGAUCGCCCUCAGUUGGAUGCGAAAGUUAAAAAUGUCCUCAUGCACACAGCCACCAAGUUCACCGAGUGGCUAAUCCAACAGGGAUUGGUUAAAUCGGAACAAUUCUGUCAGAUUCAUCGGGGUACAGCACUGAAGCUCGGAAUGUACUCGGAUGCGUCUAAAUUCCCCUACUCGGGAGGGUAUGUUUGGAUCAGCGAGUGCUGCCCUACGAGAUUUAUUUCCGUCUUCAACGGGUCACUGUUCGAGGGUUCGAUGCAUCCUCCGUCGGUUAUCCUUAAACUGAUUUAUCACUGGAGCUGUCAGACGAAUGUUUCGAAUGUGGUCAACUGGGUCAAAGUUGAUAAUCUGUACGUGAAGGGGCUGUACACCUGGUUGCGGUCGGUCUGCACGGUUGCACUCAGUCACCACAUGAAGCUACUGGGCGGCAUUGGGAAGAAAAUAGAAGUUGGGGUCAUUUCACUCGGUACUACGACACAGGAUGGUCAGCAACGCCAGGUUAAGGUAGAGGUUCUCGGCGUGCUUGAUCCUGAGGCAAAAUUGGUGCGUUUACGGGCCGUUGAACCGCUCAGCGAUGGUGAGCGCAAUUAUAAGAAACGAUUCUCGAAGAUUUUGGAACCACUUAGCGGAUGGGUCCACAAAGACAGCGUUAUUCUGACCGACCUCACUGUCGAUAAAGGAACGUUGAAUAACAUGGGCUAUAAGAUUGUCCAACAGGUAUCGCCUUCAGAGGCGAGCGGUAAACACAGCAAUGCUAACAUUAUGGACUAUUUGCGCCGCAUUGUACCGCGCAUGUUUCAAAAUACACUAUCGCUGUUAUCGCGCCAAAUAAUUCAGCAGUUUUUGAACGAAUUGGUUUGGCGUGAAUCGUUCGGUAAUUCGCCUGGCCAAGCGUUCGACAAUAUUGUGACACAUAUCGCCGAGCAGACGCGUAUCGAGACCAGGGAUGCUUUGGUGACGAGGAUGAAUAAGGCCGCAGCGGACCCGUUUAAACAUUGGACUUAUGCAGUUGAGCCUCAUACAACACCCAAACCGUCCGGCGCCAAGAGAGGUCGGAAGCCUAAGGAACCAUCACCUCCACCGCUGACUUCAGGGGCUCCCAAGAAAAUUUUACUGAACAAGCUGAAACGAGAAGAAGCCGUAGCCAUAGCCGCAGCUGAAGCAAAAUCGCAACCUUUGGCGAAAAAAUCUCGCACCGUUGUUGAGGAAAAGGAAGAAUUGCUUCCCCUCGAACUGUACUACUACGGUCAGUAUGAUACUUCCGAGGUGAAGGAAGGAGCCGAACCGGCCGCUUUCAGCGUCACUUGCCCCGAGUGUCCAACAACUUUCCGAAACAAUUGCGACUUCCAGGAGCAUCUCUUCAGACACGCGUAUCCCAUUCCCGAUGGGCAAUAUCAAUGCCGCUACUGUCUCGAAAAUUGGGCAACCGAGGAAGUACUGAAGAAACAUACCGUGCUGAUCCAUUCUCUCGAGACGAAAAAUUCGAUUGCUUCCACGUACAACUGUUUAAUUUGUGAGCAACGUUUCGGAACCAUCCAAAUGUUGACCACCCAUCUGCAGAAGAUCCAUCUGCAGCUCGAGCUACCAUACAAAUGCGCCGGAUGCGAUUUCAAAAGUUCCUCGCAUCAUUUGACGAUCGACCACUUCUACAAGAAACACAACCGCUCGGGCUUGAUACAGUGUCCGUUCUGUCUGAAAAUGGCACUGGUUUGCAACACUGACGGUCCAAUCGCGGAGAACGUUAGCGACUUCAUGAAGCAUCUCAAGAUGCACUUCAACAAGACGAUUGUGAAGAAGUGCGGCAAGUGUGCGCUCAGUUUCGUCUCGCGAGGUGCACUUAAGAUGCACACGUUAUUUGCGCACGUAAUGACCUCGCCAGGGCCGACUGUUAAGCCAAUCACCAGAUCGCUGACUAUUAUAAGCAAACCGAAGGCUAAAAGACCGACCCAAAGAGAAUUGACCCAAUUUAAGACACUGGAGUCGUAUGGACACGUAACGUUGAACAUGGCCUGCGGCAAGGUUUGCCUUGAGUGCGACAACGAUUUUGACGAGGAUGAUCACAUGAUCGGCUUGUCGAAAUGCCUCAAGUGCUCCUAUCAGACGGCUUGUCUACCGUCGAUGGUUGGUCACACUGCUGCGUGCAAUACGAACCCUACGUCCGAUUAUCCCGUGUUUCCGCUGGACAUGGAAAUGCAUUGCAUUUGUGGCUUUUCUUCCUCAGACGGAAACGCUUUGGCGCGUCACUUGGUGACAUGCGAUCGGAAGAGUGUAUAUCCAACGGUGGAAGCAUGUCAGGAGAACACGGUGAAAAGAAACAUGCUCGACAUGCUCGGAUUGGUUCGUCGCGAAGACGAAGCAGUGGUAGAGACAGAGGAGUCAUUCGAGCAGACCCCAACCGCAAUUGAGGAAGAAGUGACCGGUAGUGAAAAUGUUUCUUCAGAUCAGCCGUUAGCAGCUGCUUAUUCUGGCAGUAACGCAUCAGUUGCGUACGAUCCGUCGCAAUCGCUUUACAACAUCGCUGGGACUGGAAACGAGCAGUUCAAUACACAGCUCUCGCUGGAUGAUUUGGGACCGCCAUCAGUGCUGGCACAGCAGCAGCAAGACAACGAUCGAACUCCACAGCUGAAGGAUGAUUAUCAGUCCCUUGCAACUCCACGAGUCUCCAAUAUGGAAACGGAUCAGGGCGAGUUUGAUAACCAGGAAGGUGGGUUCUGAGUUGACUGAGCGUAGAUUCUUCUCUCAUAUUAUCGAUCCACUGCUACUAUAUUACUAGUACUUAUAUAUGCAAUGAUAUUCAUAGGUUCGUCGUAAUGCCAAGACUAAUUAUUUAGUUAUAUAUCCCUUGACGGAACUAUUCAUCUAAUUAACGCGAAAUUAUCCAUAUGCAUCUUGAUAUGCUAAAAAUUAUAAACUUUAUUUUAUUUUCUGAUUUCGCCACUUCGGUUUGUCGUUUCAAUAUAGGGGAGAAUAUCCGUAUCAAA